UUGCUGUUAAUUGAUAUCAUUCUUAUGCUACUUGCAGAUAUUCUGUAGACAAUGGCUGACGGUGAGGACAUCCAGCCUCUUGUUUGUGACAAUGGAACCGGAAUGGUCAAGGCUGGUUUCGCCGGAGAUGAUGCACCAAGGGCUGUUUUCCCUAGCAUAGUUGGCCGCCCUCGGCACACUGGUGUUAUGGUAGGAAUGGGACAGAAGGAUGCCUAUGUUGGUGAUGAGGCACAGUCCAAGAGAGAUAUCCUCACGCCGAAAUACCCAAUCGAGCAUGGUAUUGUGAGCAACUGGGAUGACAUGGAGAAGAUCUGGCAUCACACUUUCUACAACUAG